AUGAUUUCACGAGCCGUAUUAGCACUCUCUCUUUUCUUCACAAUCAUCGCCGCAACUUCAAUACCAAUAUGCAUUACCGAUUCCAGCACACCAACCUCUUUCAAUAUAUCUUCUCUAUCAAAAUAUACCACCCAACUCUGCACUCAAAUCGCUUCUAGCAAAUUUUCAUCCACUGCCAAGAACUACAACUUAGAUUCCACCUCCAGCUCCAUCAUUUCACUUGCCUUUACAUCUGCAGCAAUAACCUGUCCGGGGAACAGUUCCGCAAGCGACUGCGAAAUCGUUUAUGAUCAUCUUUUCUCUGGGUGCAGUGACAACAGUUCUUCAAUCGCGGGAUCAGGUUCCAUCGAUACGGGAUGUGGUGUAUACAAUUUCCAACUCAUAAACACGAAAUCCAAUAACUCGAAUUCGAAUUCGACAAGUGUAUCGAGUGAAAGUGGAAGUAGUAAAGCUAGUGUGGUUAGUUAUUGCACCGUCACGGGUAGUAUGCUGUUAGGAGUGGCGGCAUUGUUUGGCUGGUUUCUGUGA